AUGUCGGACGUCGCUCACCUCAAGUCUCUCUUCCGCUUCUACGACGACUACCCCAAGAAGGGCAUUCGCUUCUGCGAUAUCCUCCCCGUGCUGCGGGACCCGCUCGCUUUCGAGCUGCUCAUCACCAACAUCGUCUCGCACAUCUUCACGCACACCAUCCCGACGCUCGACGACGCCACCCCCGCACCCGCCCAGUCCACUCCCCUCGAGCCCGGCGCCAAGUCGUACGGCAGCCGCAAGAUCGAUGCUGUCGUUGGCCUUGAUGCCCGUGGCUUCCUCCUCGGUCCCAUCAUCGCCCAGCGUCUCGGUUGUGGAUUCGUCCCCGUCCGCAAGGUUGGUAAGCUCCCCGGCGAGUGCGUCCAGGCCUCCUACAUGAAGGAGUACGGUGAGGACGUCUUCGAGAUGCAGAAGGACGCCCUGGCCCCCAACUCGCGCGUCAUCGUCAUCGACGACCUCAUCGCAACCGGUGGCUCCGCCAAGGCUGCCGGCGAGCUCGUCACAAAGUGCGGAAGCAAGGUCGUCGAGUACGUCUUUGUCGUCGCCAUCCCCUUCCUCAAGGGCGCACAACAGCUCGACGCCCCCUCGUACCACCUCGUCGAGGUCGACUAA